GGCGCUGACAAGUGCGGCCAGAACGGCAACCCCCCGUGCUCGCCCCAGCAGAACGCUUACAACGACGGUGUCCAGCUCGCCGGCGGCUCCACCGAUACGAUCUACAACUGCGUCUCGCUUAUCUUCCUCGCGGUCCUCCCGUACCUCGUGCGCAAGUUUGGCGUCAAGAAGGUGCUCACGGUGGCCAUCAUCCCGCAAAUCUUCCUCAUCGCCCUCGCGUACUGCAAGGUCGUCGCUAUUGACAUGAUCAUUGUCAUCGCCACCGCCUUCACCCAGAACACGAUCCAGUCGCUCUUCAUGGCUUGCAUCAUCCACGUCAUUGGCAGCGAAGACAACUCGGGUCUUGGUCUCUUUGCCGGCGCGCUCAACUCGGCCUACUGCGCCGGUCAGUUCCUCAACUUCAUCUUCUCGUCGAUCCUCGUCCAGUCCUCGAUGGGCUACGCGCUUCCCGUGCUUGUCGGCGGUAUCCUCUCCACGAUCGGUUUCUUCGUCUCGCUCUUCUUCUUCAAGAUCGAACUCUACUCGACCUAA